AUGACAUCAAAGUCCCUCAGCCUGUCUCUAUCACUCCCAACAGGAACCAAACCAAUGACACCAAAGUCCCUCAGCCUGUCUCAAUCACUCCCAACAGGAACCAAACCAAUGACACCAAAGUCCCCCAACCUGUCUCUAUCACUCCCAACAGGAACCAAACCAAUGACACCAAAGUCCCCCAGCCUGUCUCUAUCACUCCUAACAGGAACCAAACCAAUGACACCAAAGUCCUCCAGCCUGUCUCUAUCACUCCCAACAGGAACCAAACCAAUGACACCAAAAUCCCUCAGCCUGUCUCUAUCACUCCCAACAGGAACCAAACCAAUGACACCAAAAUCCCUCAGCCUGUCUCUAUCACUCCCAACAGGAACCAAACCAAUGACACCAAAAUCCCCCAACCUGUCUCUAUCACUCCCAACAGGAACCAAACCAAUGAUACCAAAGUCCCCCAGCCUGUCUCUAUCACUCCUAACAGGAACCAAACCAAUGACACCAAAAUCCCCCAACCUGUCUCUAUCACUCCUAACAGGAACCAAACCAAUGACACCAAAAUCCCUCAGCCUGUCUCUAUCACUCCCAACAGGAACCAAACCAAUGACACCAAAAUCCCCCAACCUGUCUCUAUCACUCCCAACACAAACCUAA